AUGUCUGAUUGCAUUGACCGCCGUGCAAUAAAUUUUGUCCAGGGUCGACUUCUGCCACGUCCAGGUGGCCUUACAUUCGACGUCUACAAGGUCCAGUCCACUAUUUCCGGCGAAUUUGUUCCAUCGAUGAAGGCGUUCAUUAAAUGCAGAAAUCUCACAAUCCCACCAGAGAAUAGUUACGUGACCUCAGCCGAGUUGCUCAUCCCAGCACCUGUCUUCGACAUUUCACAGAAGACUAUGAUGCCCAACAAACGCCCUGGAAUGGGAAAGAGAGCCAGAGAUGACGACGACGUAGGGAGCCAAUAUCCCAAGCGCAAAAUGACUGAUAUUUAG